AUGUUCCCCGGGCGGAGCUGGGGAUGGGCGCUGCUGUGGGCGCUGCUGGGGCAGGCCGUGCCCGGGGGCUGCCUGCCCCGCGGGGGGCUGCUCUUCCCCUUCGGCGCGGAGCGGGGUGACGCGGAGCUGGAGCUCGGGGACGACGUGAGCUCCCUGCCCCUGGAGCUCAGCACCCCGCUGCGCUUCUACGGCUCCAGCGUCGGCUCCCUCUACGUGGCCACUAAUGGGAUCAUUGCAGUGAAUGAACCAUCAAAAGAAGAAGAAUACCUUGGUCAAUUCCCACUCAGUUUUGGAGCUAUUGCUCCAUUUUUGGCUGAUCUGGACACUACAGAUGGACGUGGGAAGGUGUUUUAUAGAGAAGAUUCAUCCCCUGACGUCUUACAGCUUGCUGCAGACCAUAUCCAACGAGGUUUCCCUGAGACCAUUUUUGAUCCAAGCAGUGUUGUCAUUGUUACCUGGACGUUUGUGGCUCCUUACCAUGUACCUGGAGAAGUCCCCACUCUGGAAGGCAAGAGAAACACAUUCCAGGCUGUUUUAGCCUCUUCUGAUUCCAGUUCCUAUGCUGUUUUCCUUUACCCAGAAGAUGGUUUGCAGUUCUACAGUGCACACUCCAAGAAUGCUGAGGAAAAGAUUCCUGCUACAGUUGGCUUUAGUCAAGCCGCUACAAACUACUACUUGUGGAUAAAACCAGGAUCCUACAAUACAGUUGCUAAUGAUGAAGAGUCCAUCAGAAACCUGCAUGAGAGCAGCAAUUCUGGAAGGAAAGGAAUCUGGGUUUUUGAGAUUGGUAGCUCAUCUAAUAGCAUUGUGCCUGCGAAAAUCAGCUACAGUCCAGAAUUUGGUGAUGAUGAACAGUAUCAGGAGGUGACCUCAAAACCAGCUGUAUUGCACCAUGACCCGGUUGAAAUAAGCCCACAACAGGUACCAUAUGAUGUUCCCAGCAGAAGAGGGGAUCAGCAACAUAUUACAUAUAGAAUUCCUCAGUCAGCUUCAGAAGAUGACUUACAACCACCACACAAAGCUAUAACAACAGAGACACUUCCAAGAGAAUCCUUUUUCAAUCAACAGCCAGAACUCUCAACUGGGAAAACGCCGCCUCAGUUUCAGGUCCAGCAGUUCCCUCAGCAGUAUCCUCAGGUUAUAGAUGUGGAAGAUAUUGAAGAUAUUGAGGAAACUGGGAUUGUGUUCCGUUAUCAUACAGAUGUCCAACAGACCUGUGCUAACAACCGUCACCAGUGUUCUGUUCAUGCUGUUUGCAGAGACUAUCCAAAUGGGUAUUGUUGCAGUUGUAUUGCUGGUUACAAAGGAAAUGGCAGGCAAUGUGUAGCAGAAGGUUCUCCUCAGCGAGUGAAUGGGAAAGUGAAAGGGAAAAUCUUUGUAGGAAGUAACCCAGUUCCAGUUGUAUUUGAGAACACUGACCUCCAUUCUUACGUUGUGAUGAACCAUGGGCGAGCAUACACUGCUAUCAGCACUAUUCCAGAGGUGCUGGGAUAUUCUCUGCUUCCUCUUGCUUCUGUUGGAGGUAUCAUAGGAUGGAUGUUUGCUGUGGAGCAGCAAGGAUAUAGAAAUGGAUUCAGUAUUACAGGUGGUGAAUUUACACGGCAAGCUGAAGUUACCUUCCUUGGCAGUAAUGAGAAGCUGGUUAUCAAGCAAAAGUUCAGUGGAAUCGAUGAACAUGGUCAUCUUACAAUCAGCACAGAAAUGGAGGGCAAAGUACCCGAGAUCCCAUUUGGUGCAUCAGUACACAUAGAACCAUACAAUGAGCUCUAUCACUCUUCUAGUUCUGUGAUCACAUCAUCUUCUACCAGGGAGUACACAGUGACAGAACCUGAACGAGAUGGGAUUGCUCCCUCCUACACUGUAGCCUACCAGUGGCGACAGACCAUCUCAUUCGACGAAUGCAUUCACGAUGACUCACAUCAUGCUAUUUCUGCCACACAGCAGCUAUCAGUAGACAGUGUCUUUGUCCUGUAUAAUAGGGACGAACAAAUUCUGCGAUAUGCUAUGAGCAACUCAAUUGGCCCAGUCAGUGAUGGUUCUGCUGAUAUCAGCCGGAAUCCUUGCUACACUGGUACCCAUGGUUGUGACACCAAUGCAGUAUGUCGUCCAGGAGCAGGAAAUCAGUUCUCCUGUGAAUGCUCUGUAGGCUUCCGUGGAGAUGGACGUGUUUGUUAUGAUGUUGAUGAGUGCUCAAAGCAACCGACAAUCUGUGGCAGCAAUGCAGUCUGUAAUAACCAGCCAGGAACUUUCCGAUGUGAGUGUGUUGAUGGCUAUCGGUUUUCAGAUGAUGGACGGACUUGUGUGGCUGUUGAACAUGUUAUAAACCAUUGUGCGAUGGGCACACACAACUGUGAUAUUCCUCAGCGUGCCCAAUGUGUGGAUGUUGAUGGCUCUUCUUACAUCUGCACAUGUCUAGAUGGCUUCUCUGGAGAUGGACGCUCCUGUGUAGAUGUAGAUGAAUGUCGUCAGAACCGCUGUCAUCCAGAUGCUAUCUGCUACAACAUUCCCGGGUCUUUCAGUUGCCAGUGUAAGGCAGGUUAUCGUGGGGAUGGUUUCCAGUGUGUGUUAGGAGAACUGGAGAAGACUAAAUGUCAGCGUGAACAAGAACAAGCUUUGGCUAGCAGGGGCUCUUCCUACUCACAAAGGCCCAUACCCGUUGGUCAGUUUGUUCCUCAGUGUGAUGAGCACGGGAAUUACCAACCAACUCAAUGCCAUUCUAGCACUGGGUAUUGUUGGUGUGUGGAUAGGAAUGGUAAUGAGAUUGAUGGCACCAGAACUGGACCAGGAAUCCGACCCCCAUGUCUGAGCACAGCUGCUCCUCCUGUUGCUAUUGGGCCCUCUGUUCGACCAGAUUCAAUUCCUCUGCCCCCAGGAACACACUUACUCUUUGCCCAAAGUGGGAAGAUUGAACAUGUCCCACUGGUGGAAAAUAGUAUGAAGAAAACGGAUGCAAAAGCUUUACUGCAUGUUCCAGACAGUGUUGUUAUUGGAGUUGCAUAUGACUGCAUGGACAAGAUGGUUUACUGGACAGAGAUCAGUGGCCCUUCCAUCAGUAGAGCCAGUUUGCAUGGUGGGGAGCCAACAACCAUCAUCAAAACAGACUUGGGAAGUCCCGAAGGAAUAGCAAUAGAUCAUCUCGGUCGCAACGUUUUCUGGACUGACUCUCACCUCGAUAGAAUAGAAGUGGCCAGGCUGGAUGGUAGCCAGCGCCGAGUGCUGUUUAACACUGGUCUGGUGAACCCCAGAGCCAUAGUAGCAGAUUCUGUGAGAGGAAAUCUUUACUGGACUGACUGGAACAGAGAUGCUCCUAAAAUUGAAACUUCAUACAUGGAUGGCACAAACAGAAGGAUUCUUGUUAAAGAUGAUCUGGGAUUACCAAAUGGUCUGACAUUUGACACUUACUCCUCAAUGCUGUGCUGGGUUGAUGCAGGCACCAAGAGGGUGGAAUGUAUGAACCCCAGUCAGCUUGGUCGACGAAAGAUCCUUGAAGGAGUCCAGUAUCCUUUUAGUAUUACAAGCUAUGGGAAGAAUUUAUAUUACACAGACUGGAGGAGGGAUGCUGUUAUAGCUGUGGAUCGCACAAUUUCAAAAGAGAACGAUAACUUCCAGCCCCACAAACGCGCACGUCUUUAUGGAAUAACUACAGCUUUUGCUCAGUGCCCACAAGGGCAUAACUAUUGCACAGUGAAUAACGGAGGCUGUACUCAUUUAUGCCUGGCUACCCCCGGAGGCCGCUCUUGCCGCUGCCCUGACAACACAGUUGGAGUGGAUUGUAUAGAAAGAAACUGA